AUGCUUCAUGUUUACGACACGAACAAUGAUGACAACAGUGGUCAUCCUAAACCUUCAAGAAAAAAUCAGCUGAAUUGUCAUGGCAUUUUUGUAACCAGUGAAGAUUUAAAUAAUUCACUCCAAACAUUGUCAUCUUCAGUUGGUUCGCAAAAAAUUUAUUUGAAACCUUUACCUAACGAAAAUGAUAUGUUAAAUUCUAGACUAUUGAAUGAUGAUAAGAAACGAUUACCAAAAGCUGAACGUUCUGCUCUACUACCAUUCUCAUGUGAUGUUGACUGUUCAACACCUUCACCUCCAUUAUCUACCAGAUCUACACACAAUAAUGACAAUUAUUUAGAGUUGUUCGCAUCUCAACCGACUAAUACUGCUGCUACUCUACAACGAAACUCUUCCUAUUCACCAAGUGACAGCAAAAAUUACACUAUCAAAUAUACUAGUAAUUCUACUCAUUCAACAAUUACUCCAAUUAAUGAACAAGAAAACGAUCGACAGUCAUCACAACAUCGAAAACCACAUCGUCAACGUCGACAACACCAUCAUGAGAAUCGUAGUUCAUUCCAUCGGCAUAGUGUAUUACGUCAAUCACUCGGUGGUAUUAAUGUAUUAACUCAUCAUACAAAUGCAUUACAUCAAGAUUCAUCUGAACCAGACAAUGAAAUAUCGCCUAAAAGUUAUGACAGUAAUGUUGAGGAUAUCAGAAAAUGUACACCUAAACGAGUCGAUAAUAAAUUCAUUGAUUAUUUAUCAUCAUCAGCAUCAUCGAUUCAUACUAAUAGCAGUAGUAAGUCUUUGAAGAAUUCUAGUCACUGUCAUCAUCGUCAGAAUGAUGAUGUUGAUGACUAUCAACUAAGAACAUUCCGUUUAUCAAACUUACCAUCAUGGGAUCAUUUAAAUUAUGCAUUAAAACCUUUUACAUCGAAUCAUCAUGGUAGCGAAACAAAAUUUAAAGGAUUUCGUUUAGUUCACAAAGCUAUACAAUCGGAAUAUUGUCUACCUCGUGUACAUAUUAGUAGUUAUAAUAAUAACAAUAGUAUUCCAUUUCAAUUGAAUGAUAUUAUUGUCAGUGUGAAUAAUCAUAAAUUAUCGACAAUGUCCGAAGCAGAAGCAUUACAAUAUGUAUAUAAUGCAUUUAAAGAUGCACAACAUUAUACCAUUGAUGUAGACAUUCUAAGAUCAUCUUUAUCAUCAAGAAAAUCUUUUAAUAAUGAAUCAUCUUCUACAUUACUCAAACAAUCAUUGAUAACUCGUCAAAAAUCCGACUCUGGUUAUUCAAAUUCUAUUGAAGUGAAUAUUGCCUCGAAUCCACAUCGACCAAGAAGACGACGAGAAGGUGAAUGUAAAAAUUAUUCAUCUUGUGAAAUCACUCCAGAACGUUCACCUUACAAAAACAACAAUAAAGAACAAAAAGAUCGUACUCUAUUGAUCCGUAAUACCAAUAGAACCAAUUUAAGUCGUUUAAGCCUUAUGGAUUAUCCGGAUUCGCCUAAUAUAUGCCUUAAAUCACGUCAAAUGUCGGCUGUUGACAGUGUGUCCCGUAAUUCCAGUGACAACAAUCAUGGUGUCGUUGACUAUGAUGAUAGAAUUAAUACAUCAACAUUUGCCUCAUCAUUGUGCAGUAGUAAUCUAGCAGACAGUGGAUUUGUGACAAUACGUCGACCAAAACAACCUCCACGUUUAACAAUAAUCAAUAGUGAUAGUGGUGAUGUUGCAAACAAUCGAUUUUCUUUAACUGGUGCUGGGCUUCUCUCUUCUCUUGAUAACAGUAAUAAUAAAGCAAGAAAUUCACCGAAACAAGUAUCACCAAAGUCGACACCAUUGAUAAUCGACAUCUUGAUAAUAAUCGUUCAAAUUCUCACACACUUACACCUCACACCACAGAAGUUACAUCACCAUUUAUUCCAAGGAGAUCGUUAA